UUUUGAAUUAGCGAAGAAGACCAAAUCCAUCCCACCAGCUUCAGAUUAGUUUUUUUGUUGCAAUCUCCAAAGUUUUCGUAUUUUACAAAUUCACAGAGUGAAAUCAUUUUUGCGAAUCGAAUUGGGGUCUUUCGUUUUCCUGGGGACUAAAAAAAAAAAGGAUUUCUAGGGUUUACCCAUUUCUUUGAUCGACUUCUUAGCUUUUCUCAAGGAAUCGGGGUUUUUUUUUUUUCUUACUGGAAAGUUUGUUCCUUUGAACAUGUACAUCGAAGAAUUGAAGGAGGACGGCGAAGAGGUUAUUAGCCAAAGGGAGUGUGAGAAAUCGAUAGGGAUUGUGUCAUGUACUAGUUGUAGUAGUACCACAAGUAUUGAUUUAGGUGUUUGGAAUGCGAAACGUGCUCUUGUUGGAGCUGGCGGUCGCGCCCUUUUCUACCCAACAUUGCUCUACAACGUUCUCCGGAACAUGGUUCAGUCUGAAUUCCGAUGGUGGGAUCUUGUCGAUGAGUAUGUAUUGCUUGGUGCUGUGCCUUUCCCCACUCAUGUUCCACUUCUCAAGGAACUUGGUGUUUAUGGCGUUGUUACCCUCAACGAGCCUUUUGAGACUUUGGUUCCCUCAUCUCUCUAUCAUGCUCAUGGUAUCAACCAUCUAGUGAUUCCCACCAGAGAUUAUCUCUUUGCUCCAUUAGUCAGUGAUAUUUGCCAAGCUGUUGAUUUUAUUCACAAGAAUGCGUCAAGUGGCAAGACUACUUAUGUUCACUGCAAGGCUGGUCGCGGACGCAGUACAACCAUUGUGAUCUGUUACCUGGUGAAAUACAGGGAAAUGACACCAGAGUGUGCAUAUGAGUACAUUCGGUCCAUAAGGCCGCGGGUCUUACUUGCUUCGGCUCAGUGGAAGGCUGUGAAGGAGUUCUGCAGUUCCAGAAUGGGAAGGAAGGCAAAAGAAAGCAACGUAAUUGUGAAGCGAAGAAGCUUAGGAAGCGAGGCUGAGAAAGAGGUGUUGUCAUUGUUCGAUGAUGGGUCGGUGGUGGUGGUAACAGAGUCAGAUCUGGCUGGGUAUGAUGAGCCUCGAAACAUAGGUGGUGAUGCUUCAUGCGUGGAUGUGUUGCCAGAGCUGAGUUUGGCUUGCAAGGUCCAGUUUGCAAGCCAAGCUGCAUUGGCAAGGAUCUCAUGCUUAUGGCUUAAAUCACCAAGGAGACAAGUCCUUGUUGAUCAGUUGCAGAGUCUUGGUGUCAACAUCAAAGUCUGUUAAGUUUCAGACUCUGGUGGCAAGUGAAAAGUAGAGAUGUGAUACUCAUUUUGAGGCAAAUGUACUUGUAUCCCUUGUACAAAAACAUUGAUAUCUUCAUUUACAAUGGGUAAUUGUGUUAAGAUGACUCUCUUAUCGUUUU